CUAAAUUCUAAGUCUGCGCAGACCGCACCAGCAUGGUUGCGGCACAUUGCAGGCGAUGGUGGCUUCGGUUCCAGAAGUUCGGAGCGACGUACUUUGCCCCACGGGGUUCCUCUGGGGUAUUGCCUUAGACAAGCGCAACUAUACAUAGUGGUGCUUGUUCCUGCGUGUGGAUCUUCGUUUCCAAAGCACUCUGUUUUGAUACGCUGUGUGUGCAGCUUCUCAGGUUCUUGACACCCCAUUCGCUUUGCGCACCACCUGGGCAUCAUGGGAGGCUUUCGUGCGGUAGAGGAUCGGCCGACUCCUAAGGAGGUAUACAACUGGCGGCUGUAUACAGAGGCGGCGAUCAUUGCAACUGGCUCUAUGCUUUUCGGCUACGAUUCGGCCUUUGUCGGAACUACUCUUGCUCGCAGCAGUUUCAAGAAAAGUUUUGGCAUUACAAAAGAGAACUCGAACUCAAUCAACAGCAACAUCACCAGUGCUUUCCAAGCCGGAGCUUUCUGGGGCGCCGUCUUCUGCUUCUUCCUCACUGAACGCCUUGGUCGAAAGUGGGCGCUUCAGAUCAAUGUUCUUACCUUCGUCAUCGGCGCGAUCUUGAUGACUGUAGCAACGAACCAACUCUCCUACAUAUACACUGGUCGCGUUCUCACAGGCAUCGCCUGCGGAGCCAUUACCGCGACCGUGCCAAGCUAUAUUGCUGAGCUCUCCAUCUCAUCUAUUCGAGGCAUCUUGACAGGUCUCUUCGAGGUGGCUUAUCAAGUCGGCUCUGUUGUUGGGUUCUGGAUCAACUAUGGAAUCUCACAAAACAUUUCUUCCGACUCUGCUACAAGCUGGCGCAUUCCCAUGGCUUUCCAAUUGGUGCCAGGAGGUAUGCUCUUGAUUGGAGGGUUCUUUCUUCACGAAAGCCCUCUUUGGCUGCUUCGUAAGAAUAAAGAUGAGCAGGCUUACAAGGUCCUGGUCGAUUUGAGGAAGCUGCCAAUCGAACACCCAUACGUCCAAGAAGACCUUCAGGCUAUGAGGAAUAGGCUUGCUGAAGAGGCAAUCAUUUCGCAACGUUACGGCUUUGGUGCAUGGGCACAUUUCCGCGGUGCACUGAGCGAAUUCAGUCGCAAGGGUAUGCGAAACCGUGUGUUUCUCGUAUUUUGCAUGUUCACGCUCAACAACCUCUCGGGUGCGUCCGCUAUUAACUACUACUCGCCGACACUCUUUGGCUCACUGGGGAUCACGGAUGUUGCUUUGUACACGGGUAUUUAUGGUUUGGUCAAAGCGAUCGCAUCUAUCAUCUACUACGUCUUCCUCAUCGAUCUGAUCGGACGCCGUCGGCCGGUCAUUGUCUCAAGUUUCGUGUGCUCUGUCUGCUUAUGGAUAGUCGGAACCUACGUGAAGAUUGGAAAUCCAGCAGCAAAAUUAGCUGCAGGAGAAGAACUAUCUGCUUCCACUGUUGCUGGUGGCAGGGCUGCAACGGGAAUGAUAAUGAUCUACUCCAUCUUCUGGUCCUUCGGCCUCAACGGUAUUCCAUGGAUUGUCAGCGCCGAGAUCUUCCCGGGUGCCCUUCGUGUGUUUAGCGGCACAUGGGCAGCGCUUGUGCAGUGGGCCAUCCAGUUUCCCGUUACCAAAGCGCUCCCAUACAUUUUCGCUUCGUUCGGAUUUGGCACGUGGUACUUUUUCGCUGGGUGGAUGCUCUUGGCCACAGUGUGGGCCUACUUCUUAUUGCCUGAAACCAAGGCAUUGACUCUGGAUCAAAUGGAUCUCAUAUUUGGUUACAACAACGAUUCGAGAUACAAGAUCCCGCAUACUUCCAUGACCAAACGCUUCAUCGACGAGGGACUGGUAAACCAGGCUGCGACAGACGAUAAGAUCGGAUCCGUUCAUGAAGAGAAAUCUGCUGAGGAUAGGGUUGAGUCUUUCCAAGAGGGGCGAAAUAAUUGAUUUUGAGUUGCUUGGUCUGGAAGUCAACGCAUGCGAUUCCUGAUAUCCCGCAGAUUGUUGGGAUUUCAGGCACCAUGUGCAGUUGAGGUCAGGCUGGAAGGUCACGCACACCUAUC